GGGCUCGUCAUUGCUGGAACAGAGCUGGUGUCGUUACGACGUUGAGAGCAGCUGCUGCUUGUGCUCAAUUUGGAUGCCAUGAAAUCCAAGAAGUCCGCCUUUACGAAUACAUCGACAGGCUACGGCAGGCACAAGCACAGCGGACACGGCAAAGGUCACGGCGGGCACGGUGGGCACAAGGAAAGGACAGAAGGCAGUAAGACCAAGGGAAAAGAAGGUAAACAACCACAUCUGCAUGAGCACAAGGAAGAGCAGGAAAAGGACUUAAACUCCGGCUUUGGGGAUUACCUUCGCACGCCGGAGGCAUUUGAGAUGAUGAAAUUGUUCGUCUUUGCUAAUACCGUAAUGUUGAUUGUUACAAUGGCAUGGCCAAACAUUAAGGAACAGUUUUAUAUGCUUAAUCAAUGGUGGGAAAGUUUUCGAGAACGGCAGCAACAGCAAUAA